AUGGUCCUCAAAGUAGGUUCAGGUGAUAUUGAUGAUUUAUCGACGUUGAAUGUGCUCGACGAAGAGAGUCUUCUACGUGAAAUACGUGCGAGAUAUAAAAAAGGAAUCAUCUAUACAUAUAUUGGAGAUGUGUUGAUUGCAGUCAAUCCAUUCAAACAAUUGAAUAUCUAUGAGAAACAACAAAGUGACCUUUACAAAUAUGUUCAAAAUCGAAAUCAACUGGCACCGCAUAUAUUUUGGGUGGCGGAUCAAGCUUAUCGGAAAUUGUGUUUAUCGAAACAAGCACAAUGUAUUGCAGUUUCAGGAGAAAGUGGAGCCGGAAAAACGGAAUCGACAAAACUUAUGGUUUCGCAUAUUAUUCAUUGUUCAGGAGAUGCAGGUGAUCGUGAAUUACAAAAUCGAAUUAUUGAAACGUCGCCACUGUUAGAAGCGUUUGGUAAUGCACAAACGUGUAUGAACCAAAAUUCCAGUCGAUUUGGAAAGUAUCUGCAGUUAAACUUUACGGAAGCGGGUCGAAUUGUUGGCGCAAAAGUUUAUGAUUAUUUACUGGAAAAAUCUCGUAUUGUUCAACAUGGUCCUGGUGAACGUACAUUUCAUUUUUUCUACUAUCUGUUUGCGGGUUUGGAAAAAGAAGCGCUAGAAUAUUUCUAUUUGGGUGAUCCAGAAACUUAUCGAAUUAUGAAAGAUACGUGUGGAGGAAAGGUAGAUGACGAGCUUAAAUACAUACUGUUGCUUAUUGAGGAUAUCAAUAUGGUAUUUACGAUUCUAUCAGCAAUCCUUCAUCUAACAAAUAUUCGAUUUUCUCAUGAUGAUGAAACGGAUGGAGUCUAUAUCGAAGAUGAAUAUCCAUUGGAAGUCGUUUGCACUCUUCUUGCGCUCGAUCAAGAAAUUCUUACUAUGGCUCUUAUUUCCACGUUCAGUAUCACAAAAGGCGAACGUGUGAUCAGUCUAAAGAAUUCUGAUCAAGCGAACGAUUGUCGUGAUGCAUUAGCUAAAGCUCUUUAUGAACGAUUAUUUUCAUGGAUUGUCAAACAAAUAAAUACACUUCUACAACCGAAUCGACGACAUAACCAAACUGACGAUAACAUCUAUCGUACUUGCUCGAUAUUAGAUAUGUCAGGCUUUGAAAAUUUUCAAGUGAAUAGUUUCGAACAACUAUGUAUCAAUGUGGCAAAUGAACAUCUACAGUAUUAUUUCAAUGAACAUAUUUUUCUACAAGAAGAACAAGAUUAUCGAACAGAGGGCGUUUCAUGUGAAAAAGUCGAAUUUCAGAAUAACGAAGAUCUUAUUGAAUUGUUCAUGGGUACAUUGGGCAUCUUUGCACUACUUGAUGAGGAAGCUCGCUUUCCUAAAGCGAAUGACGAAUCACUUGUGCAAAAGUUUCAUAUUCAUUGCAAAAAUCAUCCGCGAUAUAUCAAACCACGCGGCAACGAAACAGCGUUUGGCAUUCAUCAUUAUGCUGGAAAGGUUGUUUACGAUGCUCGUGGAUUUCUGGAAAAAGAUCGAGACAAUCUCAGUGCGAAUUUAAUCGAAUGCAUGGAAAAGAGUGGAACAGAAUUGAUCAGUUAUUUAUUCAGUGCCAAUGACGAUGUCAACAGUCCACCAGAUACAUUUGCAUCAUCAGCUUCACCAUCUGCCGCAACGAAUAAGUUGAAAACAGGGUCACUUCAUCCAACGCGCCGUCCAAAAUCGUAUGAUAUUGAACGAGCUAAAGAAAAUUUCAGUCAAAAAACAGCGAAAUCACUUCGACAAGAAUCACGACCGUUCAAAGCCAAUACAAUUCAAAAGGAACGCUUCAGUCAAAACACAGUUGCACUCCAUUUCCGAAAUUCUCUCGCUGAAUUACUCGACAAAAUGAAAGAUGCUGAACCAUCGUUUGUCAGGUAUUUUCGAAUGAGCAUGUCAGACGUAAAUUUAUUUUCAUCGAAAACUGAUUUUAAAAAACUACUCUCGAAAAACGAAAAAUUCCCGUGUUCAACGGAUUCAUGGCAAGAUCUAUCUGCUAUAACAUCUACCAUCACAUUCGAUAAUACCAGUUGGCAAAGUGCUCAUGAUUACUUGACCCUACCCAAAUCAUUUGGUGUUCAUGGUGAAACAGUAGGUUACUGCCGACUGGAUCGGCAAGGUCAUUGGCUUCUUCGAUCGCCUCCACCCCUUCUCCAUAGGCAUGCAAGUAAUGCCGUGACAUACUAUGAUAGAAAACGCUUAUCGAGAGAUUCCAAUACCAGACAAACAUUUCCUGAUUCAUUCAAAAGUUCAUCGAUUUCGAUGGAUUUCAAUGUACCUACUGAUCAAUUGUUGAUCGAUAUGAAUGAUCGUCAUGAAUAUACUUCAAUUGUUCCCAGAAAUAGAUUGCGACACUAUGAAAAUAUGUCAUCUGACGACAGUUGUAUAUUAUCGAGAUGUAUCAAACCUAAUCAUGGAAAGGUAGCCAAUCAAUUUGAUGAAGAAUUAGUUCAAGAACAACUGCGUUACAAUGGCAUUUUGGAAAUAUCUUACAUCCGAAAUCAAGGAUGGCCAGUUCGUUUUACCUUCGAAGAAUUUUUUAAACGAUACAAAUUUAUCUCUUAUCCGCAAAGUAGUCCAAUACGAGUCAAUGAAAUUACAUGUGAACGAAUUCUAAAAGAUCUUUCGUUAACUGAAUAUUUAAUCGGAAGAUCUAAGGUGUUUUUGAAAUUGGAACAUUUGGAACGAUUGAAUCAACAUUAUGAAAAAUAUAUCGCGAAUAUCAUUAAGUGUCAAAAGGUAGCGAAAGGCUUUCUUGUACGACGAAGUCUUCUACGCAAAGCGAAACAAUAUGCAAACGAGCGGCACAGUCUAUUAACACAAGUAUAUUCGAGUGGAAAACGAACUAUAGAAAAGCUUGUCUCGUUACCAAAAAUACCACCAAAGAAUAUUAAACAGAUCCCAUUGAAAACGAAUGGUAAAACUGGAAGAUCUGGCCAUUUUAUUAAGAAAAAAUCGAAAGAACAGAAGAAAAUCAUAACAGAUGAAUCACAUCGAACUGCUGAACAAGAGCACGACGAAAUGUUGAAAGUCGCCAAAAAACUACGACUGUUAGAACGUGGUGAAAUCGAGCAGUUGGAUGAUCUUGAUCGUCAGAAUUCUUCACCUCAAGAACGCGAUUACGACAUGAAAAUAUCCGAUGAUUUCAGAUCAUCGUUAGAAGGCUUGUCAGAACGUGAAGUUCGUAUCCUUGUUCAAGAUGAAUUCACGCCGACGCUGAAUAAACAAGGUCAACAUAAUCAUCAUUCUGCACUCCACGCAAAUGUUCAAUCGGGUUCGGGAGUAGCUGAUACAGUCCCAGGUGGGCCAUUGAAAGUUCAUGAUGGUGCACUUGCUAUGAUGGCUGCACAAAUACCUAUCGCGCCAACGAUGAGUCUAACAACAGCAGAACAAUUGAUUCGAGAAACAAAAGUGGCUCGAACGAGUGGUGAUCUAUUUAUGACUGUAGAUUGGGCAGUUGGACAAGAUGAAAAGAAACAACCGAAGCGACCACGUUCAAAAUCAGAGCCGAGAAACAUAUUGACGGACUUACAUGAUGAAAAUAUGCUAUCGGAACAAAAGCGUGGCAUGAUAAGGAAAAUUCUCAUGUUACAAAGACAAAAAUUCAAAGAUAAUCAAGCACGAAAAACGCGAAAACCGAAUGAAUUGGAAAAUUCAACGUACAGUUUUGGUUACUUGAAUCAAUCAUCGAAAAACGACGAUGUCGAACCUUUAUUCGAAGAAGAUAAUCUUGAAUGUUGGGAUGCGGCUAGAACAAUGAAUGUUCAGGAAGCAUAUGAAAAGACGAUACAUUGCUAUCGUUUAUCCAUGCGUUUGUUAAAAAUUGCUACCUACGUUGUACUGAGUAUCGGUGUACUAUUAGCAGCACUUGUUAGUAAAGGAGCUUUGUUGCUCAUGACGAACUCGGUGGCGAAAGUGCAAGAGACACCUUAUCAAGAACGAUGGGUAUGGAUGUUACUGAUCUCCGUAUGUGCUCCGUAUAUUUUUACAUUCGUCGACAGUUUUGGUAAAUGUUUGUUCGGUAAUAAACCUUGGCCAACUGUAAAGAUCUUUACUGUCGUAUUCUUCAUCGAAACGUUGCACAGCUUUGGUAUAGCGAUAUUCGUAUUUCAUAUUCUACCGAAAUUAGAUGCAGCACGGAGUUUAUUGAUUAUGAAUGCUGUUUGUCUUGUUCCAGCUUUUCUCAAGCUUUUCUUGACGAAAUCAAAUUCUUCUAUUGUGCGACGCAGCCUACUGUUUCUAAUGGAUUUUUUUGCAUUUGCUAUGCAAUGUUCAUGUGUUGGAAUUGCAUUGGCAUCAAAAUUUCUCAAAAAUGAUGAACCAGCUUCAACAACGACUACAGUAUCCUCUUUAUUUUUCCCGACAACUACCAUUCCGCUUCCGCUAUUGAACCGACAUCGACGACAGGAUGAGUUCCUCGGUGGUAAUGUCGAUUUGAUGGGUUCUGACAUGAUAGGAAACACUGAAAAUGUUCUAUUUACAACACCGAUUAGUAACAUGAGUUCCAUUGAUCAAAAUCUACAAACAAUCUUAGGUGGAUUUCACAUUGAAUGGGAGUUACCAGUCGCUUUGAUUCUUGUGUCGCUGACUUGGUGGGAAAAUUUUGUUGAUCGCGACAUCAAGAUUGGCGGUCGAACAUUAGUACACAUGAAACUGUUAAAAGAAAACAUCAUUGCAACACGAUCGAAAACAUCGAUCAUAAUGACAUGUUGGAAAAUUCUCGUUACGGUUUUGUUUGCCUAUAUUUUUCACCAUGGCAUAUUCAAUACAACGGUUAUCUUUCCAAUAAGUAGCAACAGUGAACAACUGGAAGAUCCAUUACCGAAGUUAUCAUCCGGUCAGAAUUCUUGGGCCGCGCUAGGCUUUGACCAGCAACCAUCGCAAGCUAUGUUUCCAAUUGUACCACCACGUGAGCGUCGUUCAAUUGAAAAUAUCUCUUCGUAUGUAAAACGUUCUAAGCGACAGAUGGAUGGAGAUUUACCUUCGAAUUUUGCUUAUGAUGAUGGAACACCGAACGAUAUGGCUGGUGGUAAUGGAGGAAAUAUGCCAGGUUCGGAACCACCGAAUCCGAAAGAUCGCUGGAUUAUUUACUUAACUCCGAUGAUACUGAAAGUCAUGUCAGAUGCUUUAUGUUUCUAUAUGGGUCGAUUAGCAUGCAAACUGUGCAUGCAACGCUUAUGUUUUGCACUACCGAUUACAUUAGUGACACCGCUGGCAUUGACAAUACUACUGGUGAUGUGUUCGGUGGCACCGAAAUCGACGGUCUUUAUUGAAAACUUUCUUUUUUGGAGCUGUUACGCUGAUUACGCGAAAGAAUCAUUCAAAUGGCAAGUCAUCUGUGGUCUUUUUCUUUGGUGGCUAUCAGAAUUAUGGAUUGGUCGACAUAUUUGGUUUGGUAAAAGUCAACGUCUCGCAUUUACAGAACGACUAUUUGUAUCACCGCGUUAUUGUUCAACAUUACUUGAACAAUCGCUGAUGAUGAAUCGACGACGAAACGAAUGUGAUGAAUUAAUAGGCACGGCAUAUGAUGAGAUGGGUACAACAACAAACGUAGAAACGGAAUUCGACGAGCAAAGUAUUGAAGAAUUGUCUAUCGAGAAGAAACUCAGUGCUGAUGUUCAUACCAAAAUCUAUUCCUGCGCAACAAUGUGGCACGAAACAGAAACUGAAAUGUUACAACUAUUGAAGUCCAUCAUGAGGUUGGAUAGCGAUCAAUGUGCUCGUCGAACUGCUCGAAAUUAUUUACAUUUGAAAGAUUUAGACUAUUAUGAAUACGAAGGACACAUAUUUUUCGACGAUGCCAUGGAAGAAGAUGACAAUAACGAACAAGUACCAAAUAAAUUUGUUCAACAACUACUCGGUGUUGUUGAUCGAGCUGCUACUGCUAUUCACCAAUGUCCAAUGAAAAUUCUACCACCACUCAAAACUCCGACGCCUUACGGCGGACGUCUGACAUGGGUUUUACCUGGUGGAAAUUUUCUCAUUGCACACAUAAAAGACAAAACAAAAAUACGUCAUAAAAAGCGUUGGAGUCAAGUUAUGUAUAUGUACUAUUUGCUUGGCUAUCGUCUAUUCGGUGAUUUGAAUAUUAUCGAGAAGUUGUAUAAGAAGAAAUGGAAGAAGAAUUCAUCGAAAAACAAGUCAAAGUUAUUCAAGGGUUUUGGAAAUCUACUUAAUAAUAUGGAUAAUAAAAAGAGAAUUCAAAUGGAAAAUACCUAUCUGUUAGCACUUGAUGGCGACGUCGAUUUCCAUCCUGAAGCCGUUCGUUUGCUGGUCGAUCGAAUGAAGAAGAAUAAAAAGGUCGGUGCCGCUUGCGGACGUAUUCAUCCAAUCGGAAGUGGUCCCGUUGUGUGGUAUCAAAAAUUCGAAUAUGCUAUUGGACAUUGGCUUCAAAAAGCAACAGAACACAUUUUAGGUUGUGUGAUGUGCAGUCCAGGUUGUUUCAGUCUCUUUCGUGGUUCAGCACUAAUGGAUGAUCAUGUUCUUCGAACCUAUUGUACGAAAUCACUUGAAGCUCGACAUUAUGUGCAAUACGAUCAAGGCGAAGAUCGAUGGUUAUGUACACUUCUAUUACAAGAAGGCUAUCGAGUUGAAUAUUGUGCUGCAUCCGAUGCAUUAACUUAUGCACCUGAAUCAUUUCAUGAAUUCUUCAAUCAACGUCGUCGAUGGGUACCAUCUACAAUUGCUAAUAUCAUUGAUUUUCUUGCUGAAUAUAAACGAAUUGUACUUGUGAAUGAGAGCAUUUCAUAUUUGUAUAUUGUCUAUCAACUUUUCUUGAUGGUAUCUACAGUUCUCGGUCCAGCAACCGUACUUCUAAUGAUUAUUGGUGCAUUCAAUGCUUGUUUCGGCACAAGUCUUUGGCAGUCUAUGUACAUGUCGGUUUUACCUGCGUUCUUCUACCUUCUUCUAUGCUUUCAUACCACAACUGAUUUUCAAAUACGCGCAGCGGCAUUCUUCUCUGCUGUCUAUGCAAUUAUCAUGAUGGCUGUUAUUGUUGGUACAACCAUUCAAAUCGCAGAAGAUUCUUGGACGUCACCCAAUGCUGUGUUCUUAAUGCUGUUACUUUCUAUCAAUUUUAUAGCUGCUUGUGUGCAUCCACAGGAAUUCUGGUGUGUGGUUCCAGGUUUACUCUAUUUCUUGUGUAUACCAAGUGGUUAUCUAUUUUUGAUCAUCUAUUCGCUUUGUAAUCUUAAUAUUGUCUCGUGGGGUACGAGAGAAGCUCCGAAAAAAGUGAAGAAAAAUCAAAGUAAAGAAGAGAUUGAACGUGCUCGUUUACAAGAACUAUCGCAGGUGAAAAAGAAGUCGGCUGGAUUUUUUAAUCAAGUAUUUGCGAAUUUCAAUUUCAAAAAAUACGAUGAACGAAUACGUAAUUAUGCACGCAAAUGGCUUGGACUUGAAAGAUCAGGAUUGAAUAGUAUUCUAUUAAGGCAAAUCUUAGGUGCAAUGGAACAGAUGGAAAAACAUAGAUACGAUGAAGAAAUGGAUGCUUUUGCGACACAAGGUAUCUAUCCACAAGCAAAUAAAACACAGAUGGGAUCGGAGGCAGAUGCAAAAUAUGGUUUACUUCAGCUGGCCGCUCGUGCAGCUACUCCUCAAACGACGUGUGGGCCAAUGAACCGUGCUAGUUAUCCACAAAUAGAUCCUCAACAACAACUAAUCUAUCGUGGCAUUAAUAACGCACGGAGUACACCGUAUGGACAAAUCAUGUCCUAUGCAGGCAUUUCACGUCCAAUUGAAUCACCACAAGUUCUUAAACGUGAUGAACUAGUUAAUCCUGCAUGGAUAUUUCAUGAAUCAUUGCAAGAAUCUGAAGUUGUUAUGCUUGAUCCACGCGAAACCAAAUUCUUCAAAGAAUUAAUCGAACGUUAUUUGUAUCCUUUGGUCGAAGAUAAAGAUCAUCAGAAAAAGAUGGUUAGCGAUCUGAAAUCACUUCGUAACAAUUGUUGCUUCGUCUUCUUCAUGAUCAAUACUCUGUGGAUUGUCAUUAUAUUUUCAUUUCAACUUGUUUCGGAACGCAUCCGUGAUUACGUCUUCAUACCAAUCAAACGUUUACACAAUGAGCCAUUGCGUUUCGAACCGUUAGGUUUUGGAUUCUUAGUCUUCUUUGCAAGUAUUCUACUUGUACAAUUCAUUUCUAUGUUAUGGCAUCGAUACGGAACAUUAUUGCAUUUAUUGGCAUCGACAGACUUGAAAUUAUUAGCGCAGGCAAAUAAUGGCAAAGGUGGACGUGGUCAUCGACGCGGAGACUUUACGAUGGAUAAUGUCGAAGAUGCUGUUGAACAAGUGAAAGUGUUACAACAGUUGAAAGGCUUCAAUGAAGAAGAUCUACCCGCGCCUGAUUACGAUGUGGAUCUUGAUGAUGACCGACAAGCAACCGAACCAGAUCUAUCCACAACAGGCCUUAUUUAUCGUGCACAUGGACCACGAUAUAUCAAGAAUUCGACUUGUACAUCACAACAAUGGAGUGAUAUAGCUAAAGUUAAUGAUAUGCAACGCAAUUUAGACACGACUGAUCAUAGCGAGCUUAGUCAAAUGGCUGGUUACAUCUCAGGUUCAGUUAAAACUUAUGGCAGUAAUUACGAAGCAAUUAAACGGCGACAAAUAUCAAACAAACGCCAUUUAUACAACAAAUCACUAGAUCAUGUGUUUAAAUCUCGUUAUCAAGCGUUAACACAACAACAACAACAACAACAACCGCAAAAAGCUCCACGAGUGAGACUAUCUGAUGUCUUUCAACAACAACAACAAACAGCUCUACCUCGAGCUAGACGUACAUCGAGUGCAUUAACCGUACGAGAUAGCGUCAAUGGUGGUAAUCAUAAUCAACCAACGGCAAUAACGAAAAAACAUCGAAGGAAAUCAAAAGAUCGACAUUUAGAACAUCUCUAG